CUUGCUAAAAAUAAAUACUGGGAAUUUCCAGAGAAAGUUUUCUGCUUCCUAUAAAAGUUAGUAGAUAUAGAUCUAGUCAUUCACCAUGAUGCUACAUCUAGAUCUAUGCCUGUAAGUUGAUUGAGAGAGUAAACCUGAGCACUAGUACAGAUAUAAUAUUAUUUAUAUUCUAGUAGAAUUCCGGAUUUCUCACUUUCCCGUCUGUCAAUAGCCAGAAAAAUGAUCUGGACUUCUACGAAAAACAUUUUGCUGUUUCUCUUGGCUUUGUUUUUGGUAAUGCAAAAUUAUUAUGUAUGUGCGGCAUUGGAUUGUAUAACAUUUUGUUUUUCUGGAGAGUAUUGCAAUGUAACCAAUUGUAUCAAGUGUAAUAAUGGAUCUUACAUGGAUGCUGUUGCUCAUGAAAACACAGCCUGCAAGCCAUGGACACAGAAGAAUGGCCCAGGUUGGGUCAUAGUGAAUGGUGGCACUACAAAAAAGGAUAUAGAGUGGGCCUGUAUUGAUGGCUACCAAGAAAUUAACAGUUCUGGUUUAAUAGAGUGUAUCAUGGCUACACAACAACCAACUUUAGUGUCUUUUGAAACAACUACAAAGUUAAAUUAUAGCAGUGAACCAUUGGCAACAACCCAAUCACCAACUGAGGAGAUAAACAUUCUUCCUAUUGUCAUACCAAUUGUUGUCAUAGUAGUUGUUUUUAUUAUAAGUUUCAUCAUUUUGUGUAUCAUUUUUAAAAAAAAUAAAAAAUUAUGCUUUUCAUCAAAACAAAAACCUAAGGAUUCUUCUGUUUCUUAUGACAAAAAGGAAGACGAUAAAGUAGAUGAUGGCAGCAAAUUAGAGACACCACUAUUAAAUGAAAUAAAUGAAUUAAAUGGAAUAAAUGAAUUAAAUGGAGAUAACUCAAACCCUUCACAGGAGUCUGGUGAAUUGAAUGGAAAAAAUGGAGAUAACUCAAAUCAUUCACCUGUGAAAGAUACUCCCAACCAAUCAAACAAUGAUGCAGAAGAGAUAGAUAAUCUUUUUGAUUUACCAAAUAUAAACAAAUCUGAUGAUGCUGGGGAUUUAAACAAGUUCCAUAAAGCAAACCAUUCGAAUAAUGCAGAUGACUCUCACUACUUAAACAUCCCUAGCAAUGAUCCUGGUUCUGGAAAUAAAAACAGGCCUACAUCAUUGUUUCCUGGAGGCUCACUACACAGUUCAUUGAAGAACAAUAUGUCACAAAAUGACAAUCAGAUAUCAGAUGUAGAGAAUAGAUUAUACAAUGCCAUUGAAAUAUUUGCCUACAAGUUGUGCGAAAAGUUAGGAACACAAGCUGACAUCAUCAUACAAGAGUUGCAAUUUAAAAAAUUUCCAGAUUCGGAUUAUAAGACAUCAUUUAAAUUAGGGUUUAGUGAUUGGGUCAGGCGUAAGCAGUUCUCUUAUUCACAAACUAAUAAUGGAUUGUGGUGCCCACUUGAUAGGCUUAAGGUUAUUAUAGAUCAAAUAGAAAGAAGGGACAUUAUAGAAGAAUUUGAUUCUAAUUGCAAAGACAUUAAACAAAUUUUACUUGAGAUACAAUGUCAGGAACAAUAAAAGUAAUUUGGAACUUAUUAUUGAAUAUACAACUGUUUUUUUCUUAAUCCUAUAGUAUUAUCAUCAUAUAGAGAAGAAAUGAAAUUCUCUGUAUUGCAUUGAAUAGUACUCAUGAUGUUUAGUUAGAUCUGUGACAUUGCUUGGUGAACUACUUAGGCACAAAUAAGUGGAAAUAAGCAGACUGACAAUUUCUUUAGAAAAUUAUUGUCUGUCAAAAUGAAGCACUACUAGACUAGAUGUAAGACAUUUUAGUAGCCUGAAAAAUGGCAAUGAUUUAAUUGAGACACACUUUAUAAAUAUAUGCUAAUUAAGUUGUGCUCUAUUCAUUGCACAUUAUUUGACUCCUAAAGCUUUGACUCAAAUGUUUGUUCUUGUAUAUGCCAGGUAGAUAUGUGGAUGUGUUUCCUUAUUUCCACUUGUGACAAGUGUGGGUGUUAAAGUAGUCAUUUUCUAGUUAUUUCCUGUGGUUAGUUAAAUCAGUUGUCCCACCAUAGUGUUCUUAUAUCAGAAGUCUUCAUAUAUUGUCAUGUCCAGUUAUGUGUUAUAUUGUCCAUAACUCAUUUACCAAAUGCUUAUCGUAGCUUAUAGCCUUGUUAACCUGUGUUCAUCAUAGCUCAAAGCUUUGCUAAAAUUACACCGGAAUUGGGUGGUUAAUAUGUCUACAUAUUUUCAGAGGUUGAAUAUGAUGACCCAAAAUUCAAUUCUAUGCCCGAGAUCCUCGUUAAGCUGAAGAAAUAACAGAAUUUUCUUUAAAAAAUAAAAUACUUUAAUCCUUUCAAUAGAAAUCAUGAAAAGAUUGAAUACACUAUAUAUCAAAGAAUAAUGUACUUUAUAUUUCAAAUUCAAUUAUGCAUGCUCAAAAGUAGACAUGCAGGCUGAAUGGACAAAUUUUUUUUAACCCUGAUGUAAGCGUGUUUUCUCUACUUACAUAUCUUUCCUCUUCUUACAUAUCUAAAGAUCUAGUACGUACUGAAAAGCAAUCAAAAUGUUUGUUUCUAAUUAUCUCCCCAUGAUUAUUAGAUUAUUUACUUUUCUGUGUAGAAACUAGAAGCCAAUAUAAAAAAAAACUUUUCUGACAACCUUAACACUUACCACACGUAUAUUUAUCUUGUGUUUAUUGUAGCUCCUGGUAUUACUACCUUGUUUUCUUUCUAGCACAGUUACUUAAUGUUUACUUUGAUGCAUGGGAAAUUUAAAUUUUACAUCAAUAUCCUCUUUCUGUGAUUGAUAGUAAAUUUUAUUUUGAAUUAAUUCUUAUAUUUACAAGAUUCUUGAAUAUGUGAACAUUAUAAACAUUAUAAAAUUAUAUUUUUAGUGAAUGCCUUUACAUUUUUUUUCAAAUGCUAAAAUCAUAUUUGACAGGAUGAGUUCUAAAACUGUAUUUUGAGCAUUUGUAAAAAAAAAAUAUAUAUCAUGAUAUGUUAAGGUAAAAUUAUUAUUAUAUCGAGAAUGAUACUUCCAAUUUAUUUAUGCCUACAGAAAACACUAAUUGCUGUUGAUUUGUUCAGUUUUUCUAAUUUAAUUUUUGAAUAAGUUCAAAAAGGUUGCCUGGUUAAUGAAAUGUAUCUGACUUUCAGAUCUCCGCCAUACAUUCAAUCAUUAAGCUGGCUUUACUGUUUAUUGUGUUAAGACAUUGCUUCUGUCAACUGUGGAUCUGAACACUGCUUAUUUUUACUUGAGCCUAUGCUAUAUAUUGUAAUAGAUGUCAGCUCUAUUUAAGCCUAGCAUAUAUUGAAUUGCUUUUUCCCUUUUCUUCUUGUCAUUAGUUUCUUCGUCUCAUCUGUUUAUGUGCUAAUGUACAGCUUUGUAUUUAGAAUUCUUUUAUUCUAACAUGUCUAUUUGUUCUUGCUCUAAUAGAUAUAUCGUAAAGUAUCUAUACAUCCCUCUUUUUUUUAUAUAAAACAAUUUCUUACACUAAACAAUCUCAUCCUCUAGUAACUAGUCUUCUCUUACAAUAACAAUGGUGUCGUGACCUCCCCCUCCCGCGCAAUAGGCGCACUAAGAUAAAAACAUAAAUGAUCAUUCAUUGUUUUUCACAAGCCUGCCCAUUGUAACAUGAUUAGCUAGUUAAGUCAUUAAACUCAUUAUCAUGUAUCCCUAAAUCUAAUUGUAUCAAAGUGUUAAUGUAAACUGUUAGUUGUACAGUUUAAGUAAGUAGAGCGAUAUUGUUUGUCAUAACUCUUGUUGAUUCUCUAGCUCCAGUUUCUAUUCUGAUGUACUUUCUCCUAAGUAUUUUGAAAUCAUGGUGGAAAACAUGUAAAUUUUAUUUGCAAAUAUUCUUUUUUUUUAUUAACAAACCUUAUUUACACACAUAAGAAAAGCUAAAUCCUAAUUCUGGUUAUAACUUAUUGGUGUAAAACUUGCCACUUUAGUAUAUAAGCCCUUCCUUUUUUUUUUAGUAUUGGUUUUUAGACUUUCUCUAUUUGAAAUCAAAGUUAAUUUUAUCACUGUGUAAAAAAAAAAGAAAGGCUUAUAAUGUAAUAAUAGGAAAUAAAAUUCUCUAUUAAGUGAAAUGUAUCUUAAAACUGGAAACUAACCUAAAAUAUGUAAAGUAUGAGUUACCUAUAAUCUCUGUUAAAAUAAUUGGCUGUUAAUCAAGUUAUUUUUGAGUAAAUUCAAUGAUUUGUUUGGUUUUGCAUGACACACAGUUUUUUUGUACAGUACAUGUUUAAAAUUUUUUGUAUGCAAACACAUUUCCUUUUAUACUUUUUUUUUCAAGAUUUGUUUAAUAAAUGAUUGAUUUUAACUAGAAGUACUUUUAUACUACAAGUACAUACUUGACAUUUUUUUGUGCCUUAUGUAGUUCUGAUUGUUUCCAUAUAAAAUAAAACUUAAUGUAUAUUUUCUAUUUACUUACAGAAGCUAGCCGAAGAUAGUUGCACAAAUUUUAACAAUACAUGGAGUUUCUCAGUUAAUGUACAAUAAUAGAAUUAUUUUUUUUAACAUUUGAUGUAUAUUUUCAAAUAAAAAAUGCCAGUUUACAAGACAUUUACUUAGCUUGUGUCUGCAUGUAGAAAAUAUAUGUUCAGAAAAUGUGGCAGUCUCCUAAGAGGCUUGAUGAAGUAUGUAUUUGCCUUUAAUAGUUUUAAGCUUAACUAUAUUAAUUACUACAAAAUAAUGUUUAUAUUGUAUAUAUGUGUAUAUUUUUUUAAUACAAAUUUGAUAUUUAUAAAUAGUUAGGUAACCUUUUUAAUUGACUGAGUUUUAAAUAUUGAUUUGGUAACUAUUGUAAAUAUUUACUACUAUUUUCAUACACUAAGAUUUAAAAAAAAAAUAGUUUGGGCUUUACAAACCAUGAUUUUUUAAAGUGAUCAGUUUACUUAAAACUUGUUAAACUUCACAGUUAUAUUUAGGCAUAUCUAUAUAUUUAUCUUGUUAAAAAAAAUCACCAUUAUUUAUGAGAUAGCAUUUGUUUAAAUUUUUCUAUCCACCUGCCGUUUAAUUUCUAAAGUCUCAUCAAGCAUUCAUACAGGUUCUUCUCUCACUGGCUUCAUUGGCUUUAAUGAGGCUUCUUUUGGUAGAGGACUUGAAUGUUUGUCUUUGAAACAGAGGGUGACAUUUUGACUAUUUGGUAAGGAAUAGGAUUUGAAAUAAACAGCUUGUGAAGUCUCCUUUUUAUUUUGUUUGAUCAUAAAGUCUUCUGGAUGAUGUGCUGGCCUCUGGAUAGAAACAGAUAAGCUCAGCAUCACUUGCUCACCCAAACAAUUUUCACAAAACAAUGUACAGGUGUUAGAAACAUGCAAAAUUAAUAUUGCAUUAGGCCAGGGAUUUGUAUUAAGUAUUAUUUUAAAAUGCUUUUAUUUUGUUUAGAGCUUAUAAUUAUCAUAUUACUAAAAUAAAUUAUUUUGGUAGAAACAAUGCAGGUAACAAAAUUAAAUGUAAUUAAUUGUAUCAGUAUUACAGAAAAUAAUAUUUAUUUAGCUAUGAGAAACAAACAUAUAUAUCUCUGAGCUUGAGCUUUACUGUAUUCCAGUAGUUGAUGUCAUAUGAAAUUAAUAUGAUGGAGAUGUCAACUAAGCUUAUUAUAUUUUUAAUUUAUGAAAAUAAAUUUUCUUCCUUAUUUUCCAUAAAAAAUAGAAAAUGAAAAACUUGUUUGAAAAGAAAAAUCGAAUAAAUUUUACGUCUCAAUUUAGAAAAUUGUUAAAUAGUUUAGUUUAAAAUUUAAAAAAAAUAAGUCUAGGUUGACUCAAUUUUCUUUAAUCCAUUAUAAAAAUCCCACCUUCUUGCAUGAUAUAGAAUCUGAACCUCCAUGUUUGUCAGUUAUGCUCUUCACCAAGUACAUCCCUUUAGCGUUGGGAAAUUGUAACUAUAAAUAUUAGCAGCUAUGCCUUGAACAGUGAUAGACUUGAAUUUCUUAAUAUAUCUCUGAUAAUGUGACCAACUGUGCCUUUUUUCUAGUCUCAGACCUUCUUUAAUUACUUACCAUAUUUCUGAUGUGACAAACAUCGCCUUUUAUAACUACUAACCUUCUCCUAAUUACUUAAUUUUUUUUUCAUGUGACUAGCUUGUCCAGUGAAAGAUUUUCUUUAAUCGUCUAUAUUUUUGAUGUGUAUAACUUUACUUUUUAUAACUACAAAUCUUCUUUUAAUUACUUAAUUUAUUUUUAUGUGACUAGCUUGUCCAGUGAAAGAUUUUCGUUAAUUAUCCAUAUUUUUGAUGUGUUUAAUUUUACUUUAUAUAACCACAAAUCUUCUUUUAAUUACUAAAUUUUUUUUUAUGUGACUAGCUUGUCCAGUGAAAGAUUUUCUUUAUUCGUCUAUAUCUUUUAUGUGUUUAACUUUUUUUAUAACCACUAAUCUUCUUUUAAUUACUUAAUUUUUUUUUUUCAUGUGACUAACAUGGCUUUUUUAAACCACAGACCUUUUUUUAAUAACUUAAUAUAUUUCUGAUGUGACAAACAUUCCAUUUUAAAACCACAGACCUUCUUUUAAUAACUUAAUGAUUUAACACAAACUUUGCCAUGAAGAGGGUCAGACUUCUUUGUAAUACUCAUGAACUCUAUCUUUGUGCUGUUCUUUCAUGUAAUUGUACCAGUCAGCAUUUGUAAUUGUAUUUGUACUGUGGUCAGUUGAUCCCAACUUUUGACUUUAUUAACAGAGUGCUUCUGCUUCAAGUUUCUGUUCACUUAAAUGUAGCAAUACUUGACUGGAGUAAAGUCGUUAUUUACAAGGGGUUAAUGCCACUUAACUCAUUGCACACUAACAUACUUAUGUAACAUAAGGAAAUUUCACAUGCAAGUGCACAAUUUAGAAUUAACCUUAGGUUAAUGGCCUGGCUGUAUACUUCUUAGUUAUGCUAGUCUAAGCUAUGUACUGCUUAAGGCAUAGCAGAUAUUUAUUUUAUGGUACAGUUGGUUGUUAUAAAUGAUAUGGUCAAAUUGGUAUCUAUAUUUUCAGCCCUGUCAUUACUAUCUAGACUUAUGUAUUUAUUAACAGAUAAUUAAACACAAAAAAUUGAUAAAUUGUGGAAUGUAAACUGUUUGCUUAAGUUUUCUAUCAUGUUUGUUGUGCUUGAUAAAAACCUGCUGAGAUUUCCUUUACAGUAGAAUGUCGUUUAUCCAAAUUUCAGUCAUCCAGAAUGUCAAAUAUUCUGAUUGCCUUUUUUUGUUUAACAGUAUGGUAUCUAAAUGCUCUUGCUGAUGUAUGACUUUUUUUUUAUUGCAUUGCUUCCUGAUCUUGAUAUAUUGUCUCGUAGCUUGUGUGUCUAAAACACAGUUUUGAACAAGUUGAUAGAUUUAAAGCUUGUAAGUCAGUGAAGAGAAAUGUUGGGUGGCUGUGUAGUGAAUUGUCAUGCGAGUUGGGAACAUGACAGUGAGAGAAGCCACACUACCAGAUAUAACUUUUUGUUCUUCUGCAUAUUUUAUUUGUUAGGCUUGGUGGCUGAGCGGUAAAGUGCUUGACUUACAAACCAGAGUCCCAGGCUCGAAUGCUGGUGAAGACAGGGAUUUUUAAUUUCUGGACCUUUGGGCGCUUCUGGGUCCACCCAGCUCUAAUGACUACCUGACAUUAGUUGGGGAAAAGUAAAGGUGGUUGGUCUUUGUGUUGGUCACAUCACACCCUUGCUAACUGUGGGCCAUAUAAACUGAUGACCUUUAUAUCAUCCGCCUUGUAGAUCACAAGGUCUGAAAGGAGAACUUUACUUAUAUUUACUUUGAAUGUUAUAUUUACCUAUAGUGCAAUACACCCUAUUAACAUUCUUGAUAUCUUUGGUGAAAUGGAAUGUUUAUAAUAUGCCACAUUCAGUUAUCAGGAGGAUUGAAUAUCUGGAUAGACCUCAUUACCAAUUAAUCAACAUUGUACUGUAUUUAUGUUAGAGUAUUAAUUAUAGUUGUUUUAGUGAUGAGAAUUUCCAGGUUUGUCUUUGAAGUGGUAAUGAUUAUAGAGGUAAUGUUUGUAGAGGUAAUGAUUAUAGAGGUAAUGUUUGUAGAGGUAAUGAUUAUAGAGGUAAUGUUUGUAGAGGUAAUGAUUAUAGAGGUAAUGAUUAUAGAGGUAAUGAUUAUAGAGGUAAUGUUUGUAUUGGUAAUGAUUGUAGAGGUAAUGAUUAUAGAGGUAAUGUUUGUAAAGGUAAUGAUUAUAGAGGUAAUGUUUGUAGAGGUAAUGAUUAUAGAGGUAAUGUUUGUAGAGGUAAUGAUUAUAGAGGUAAUGUUUGUAUUGGUAAUGAUUAUAGAGGUAAUGUUUGUAUUGGUAAUAAAUAGAGAGGUAGUGAUCAUAAAAGUAAUUUUCUGUGGCUGUGUUAAUGUUCCAAUGGUCAGAAAAUGUUUUACUUGUUUGUUAAAUCUGUCAUAUACAAUUUUUUGAAAACUGAUAUUAGAAACAUAUAUAAAUAUAUUUCUCUUCUAGGAAAGGGUAUGUUCAAUUUUUUGUUCUUGAGCUUUUUUUUUUAAAGUCAGCAUUUAUGGUUUGUGACUUAAAUAUGAAAUCAGUAUUGCUACUAUACCCCAGUAAAAAGUUUCAUCUUUAGGUUGUUUCCAUUUAUGCACAUUUCCUUUGGUUUGUUUUACUUUUCAGAUAUUACUUCAGAAUUGAAGAUUUUGUUUUGUUUUACAUGUUUCAGAUGUUCCUUCAUAGUUGAUGAUAGUUUACUUCCUAGUCCAAACCUCCCCAGGACAACGGGGGAUGGGAGCGGGCAGGGUUUGAACCCAGGACCAUCGAUAAAUCCAAACAGUCUAGCGCGCAAACCGCACGACCAGGCAGCCAUCCUAACUCAAAGACUUCGAGGCUUGUGUUAGAGUUAGAUAUAGUUAUAAAUGUAAAGCACAUCAGAUCAGAGAGUGUUGUCAAUUUGGUUUUUUAUAUUGUACAAUUUCGCUGUAUUAUUGAACUAAUUGGUAUGUUAUAUAAAAAUAUAUUUAAAUGCUGGAUUUCUUUUUUUAUUUAGCUGUUAUUCUAAGUACUCUUAGAUAGAUGAUUUUGUCGGUUUCUUGUUGCAUUAAAUGGUUAUUUUUAAAUACCAUUGUAUACUCUGCUGUUUUGUUAGUUUCUAGUAAAAAUAUUUAUUAGUUAGUUAUUUAUUUAUUUCCUCUAUAUGAUUGAGCAUUGUUAAAUAACUCUUGACCAAAAAAAACUUAUUGCUAGAGGUCAACAGCCUUUAUUAAGGACUAUUAGGGAAAUGGAGAAAGUAUAUGGCCUGGACUCAGUGAAAAAUAAAAAUUGUCUAUCAAUAAAGUUUAAAAUUGAUAUUUUGGGGUUUUGGCACAUCAGUACAAUUUGAAAUUGUAGAUUUAUUUGGACUUUAGUUGUGCAUUUAUCUUUGGACUUUCUUUUGAUGUGUAUAUAUCUUUGGACUUUGUUUUGAUGUGAAUAUGUCUUUGGACUUUCCUUUUAUGUACAUAUCUCUUUGGACUUUCUUUUGAUGUACAUAUGUCUUUGGACAGAAUAAAACUUUAAUUAAGUAGUUUUGCAAUUGCUUUGAAACUCUCCUGUCAUGACUUUUGAAAUACCAUUAGUAAAUGCAUUUGAUAACAAAUUUGCUGAGCUGAGAUGAAUUGUAUAAAGCAAAUCCAUGUAAAUCACAUGCAAGUCAAAGCACAACUCAGUCGCAGCAUUGACUCCAUUAGAGUACAAGAAUAUAUUUAUAAGCUGGCAAGAAUUUGUCAUUAGGAUUUAUGGAUAGGAUCAUAUCAACAAUUUUACAAAGAUCACUGCUUUCUGUGGUCUAGCCUCUGUUGGUAGAAAAACAUAUGACUUGAGGUACUUUUCGACAUAUGGCCUUAAUUAUGGAACAUGCUUCUCGCUGUGGUCAGGUAAGCUAAUUGCUUUACUACUAUCAAGAACAAAAUUUAGCCUCACUUAAAAAAGGUUUGGUAUGUACAUAAUGUAAAUCUUCUUUUAUGAGUUUCAUAUGACCCAUGCAUACUGUUAAGUACUUUGAGCUUUGUCUUUUUGUCAACUGUGUUAUAUUAAUUCAAUUCUUAUUAGCACUGAUAGUUUAGAUUUAAAAAUGUAAAUUUAUGACUCUGAUAUUUAGUUCUCAAAUGUAGAUCUAAAAAAUUCUUACUUCUAAGGUCAUUUCAUCUGUCCAUAUUCCGUUUGCGUGUGACACUUAGAUGCAAGGGCUUCUUUUUGUAUUCUUAAAGCAACACCCUGUCAUUUUAAAACAAAUAUAUAUUCAAUAUUUUUAACAUUUCAUAUGUUUAGAUUUAAUGUUUUAAAAACAAUAUUUUAAAGUGUUAUAUUGUAUGUACUAAUGAUAAUAAUGAAUAUGAUUAUCAAAUGAAAGAUAAAUGAUUGUUUAAAAAAAAUUUUAUGUAACAUUUUGUUAUUGGUAUUAAAAUAAUAAAAAAAAAAAAAAAACUUUUUUUUAAGAACAAAGCUUAUAUUGGGUGUAUUUGUAUCAAUUAGUCUGGAUCAGUCAUGUAAUUAAAUUUGUAAUAGAUGUAGACCAACAAUAAUAAAUCUGUGAGAUUAAAAAUAUUUUACCAAUUGUUUUUGUUUAGCACAAUUUCAUGCUUUUAGCUUUCUCAAUACGCUGUGAUCCUAUGACUUGUCUGGACCAGUUGGAAAGGGGUAGGAGGAGAAAGAAGGAGUUAUCUGGGGGAUCAAUGUUUAAAUGCAUUUAUUUUAAAAAAAUGAACGACCUGAAUUCAAACUCAACUCCAGCUAAUAUACUUACCACUGUGUCAGGGAAGUGCUUCUAAAAAUAGAAGGUUCAACAGUUAUCUGUUGUUAGUUUCAAACUUUUCUCAAAGUAUAAAGGGGACUAAUAUAAUUUGUACCAAUUUAUUUCCCUUAUUUGGGCACGACAUGGCCUAAAUUGUGCAGAAAUAUAAAAUUAUCAAAUUAACAUUUCCCUUAUUCGAGAUACCAACCAAAAUAAUGGAUUACCGAUACCUAUAUACCAAUAGGUUAAUUUUUUUUUCUUGUUUUGUUAAAUGCAAAAUUUUAGAUGGAUCUGAGAUUGGGUGUGGGAGAUAUAACAUCUACAAACUUUUUACCAGACAGAGUGAGUUGAUAUAAGCUUUGUAAAAAUAUAAUUAACUAUGCAUAUAAAAGUUAUAUAUAUAUGUUUUUUUUAGAAACAUGAGCUACUUUUACUCUAAAGAAAAGAGUAAUUUUUGUUGAAAACUCAAGCAUUCACGUUGUAU